AUGAUAUUGAUGAUUAUAUAUCCACUAAUGUAAAAGAUAAUAACAAUGCAUUGGCCAGUAUAAAGGACGAUAAUAAUGCAUUGAUUAGUACAAAAGAUGAUAAUAAUGUAUUGGUCAAUACAAAGGGUAAUAAUAAUGCAUUGGUUGGUACAAAGGAUAAUAAUAAUACAUUUGCUGAUGCAAGAGAUGAUGAUUCAUCGGCUGGUAUAAAAGAUGAUGAUUUAUUAGCUAAAGGUGAUUCAGAAACAGGCUUUUUAAAUGAUUAG